GUGGCAGAGCGGUCCGCGCUGAGCGGCUCGGAGGCGCUUUUAUUAAAUCAAACCUGCUACGAACCGUCUUUGUACGCGUCGUCGGUAAACGCGCCGCCUUCCCGGUAAACCUCUUGUCAGUCGGCAUGAAUAUCGGAGACGGCCUGCUGUUCGAACUUGAGAAUGGAAAACCCAAGUUGAUUUUACUCAGUCGUGGCGUUGAGAAGCAGGCGGGGAGGCACAGAGAACCCAAGAGCAAGGCAGGAGGAGCAGCCGCCUCCUUCACCUCCGCCGCCGGGGGGAGGAGCUCCGCUCUGACGUCCUCCGAGACACACGAGCAUCACAAAGGUCACGGUGUCAAAGCAGAGGUCACGACCGACCGGCGCCAACGGGGCUCAACGGUCGGCUCCCUGAGGACCGGCGGGAAAACAGGACGGCCUCGCAGCGGCGGGACACGAGCCGUUGGGAAGGAGGGACUCACGGGCCCGUCGGCCAAUGGGGACGCGGGACCGAAGGAGAGCGUGGCGUGUCUGACCAAUCAGCAGCUACAGAAGAUCCUCCACUCGGUCCAGACCUGCAGCGCCGCUCAACGCCCAGCAGGGGGCCACCGGACUCAGGGUGGAGAUGGUGAUGAGUCAUGGUUGUGUUAUAACAAUACAAUGUACAUCUUCAUGUCUUCUUUUCUUCUUGUAAAUCAAACCGACUCAAAAGAAACUGGCUCCUCAACAAAUGGAGGAGGGGGGGGAGGAGGAGGAGGGGGAGGAGUAGGAGGAGGGGAGAUGAAGGAGGACGAUAGAGGAGGAGGAACUGACACAAGUGGAGGAGCACGGGAUAAAGACCACAGGACGUCUGGAAGUGCGUUCGGCUGGCUGGAGGAGCGGCGCCCCGACAGCAGAGCGGCCGGCGACGCCAAGAAGGCUCAGUGGAGGAGAGACCUGGAUGAACAAGUGGCGUUGAAGCAGCAGUGCUCGGCUCCUGGGAGACUCCAGGCUGAGGAGGAGGGUGUGUUCUCCCUCCACAGAGAGCAGCCGGCAGCCUUCAGCUCCAGCCUCAGACUCGGGGAGGUGACGCCGGUGGAGGAGGUGCUGAGCAUCGAGAGGAGAGAAGCUCAGAGGAGACGCUGGCUGGAGGAGCUGGACCAGCAGAGAGAGGAGGAGAGCGAGCGGAGGAGGAGAGAGAAGCUGCUGCAGAGCCAGACCGAGGACCACGGGCUCUGGGCGACUCACUUUGACUCCAUGCUGAGGCCCCGGGGCCCGACGGAGGCUCCGUCCAUGGUGUCUGAGCGGGGGGGCUGGGAGCCCACGUCCAGCCUGUCGCUGGUCUGGGAGGCAGAGAGUGUGGGCGGAGCCAGCGUGGGCGGAGCCAGCGUGGGCGGAGCCAGCGUGGGCGGAGCCAGCGUGGGCGGAGCCAGCGGAUACCCGGCCAGAGCCAGCUAUCUGAGGACCAUGACGGCCCUGCUGGACCCCGCCCAGAUAGAGGAGAGAGAGAGGAGGAGGCUCAAGCAGCUGGAGGAGGAGGAGCGAGCGAUCGAGGCCCAGGUGGAGGAGGACCAGCUGCAGAGGAGGAGGGAGGAGGCGAGGAGGAGAGAGGAGUUGGAGGAGGAAGAGAGGAAGGUGGCACUGGAGAGAGAGACGCUGGAGCGACGGUACAAGCUGGACACGCUGAGGGAGAGGCAGAAGUCGAGCAGCCAGGCGGAGCCGCUGGCGGUGACCGACGACCACGACGGGAGGCGGCAGGAGGCGCUGGAGACCAGCGUUACCAGGAGGAGCGAGUGUUUGAGAGUUCAGACUCCUGACGUCUGUGCACAGCACCAGCCACCUCCUCUUCCUCCUCCUCCUCUUCUCUCUGUUGCUCCUCCAAACGUCAAGAACCGAGCGCUGAGAACGGGCAAGGAGAACGUUUGUCUGUCAAGAGGAGGGGGAGCAGGAGGAGGAGGAGGAGCAGGAGGAGGAGGAGACAACCCAUAUGAAGCGUUUGCCAGGACCGACAGGAGCGAGGAGGACAAGAGGAGACCGGAGUGGAACACACAGAGACCCAGCCGGCGGUUCGUUCCGGCCUCUCAGCGUUACCCGGCUCCUCUACAGAGGAGCAGAAAGGAGAGUCGACAGAGGAGGCAGGAGGAGCUCCUCGCUCUGCAGGAGAGGACCUGUGUGUCCAGGACCGACCCUCCUCCUCCUCCUCCUCUUCAUCCUCCCCCUCCCUCUCCUCCUCCUCAGCACCAGGAGCCUCUCCUCUGCUCCAACCUCCAGGUGGAGAGCGGUUCCAGAGGACUCGGCAUCUUAGCGGCUGAAAGGGGGCGCUCUCCUCCUCUUGGGAGCUCCUCCCCCCCUGCUCCUCCUCCUCCUCCUCCUCCUCUGGAGUUCAUUCCUUACGUCCGGACUGAUGAAGUCUUCAACAUGGAUCCACUGGAGUCUGCUGACACGCCCCCACCACACACACACACAGCUCCUCCUCCUUCAUGUCGACUCCUUCACUCUGAGCUGCUCCGUAACACAAAGACACAACAACAGCAGGAGAUCCUCAGAGGCCUGGCCCAGCUACGGCAGGGUUUAUUACAGAAGCAGAGGGAGCUGGAGACGGAUCUGAAUCCUCUCCUGAAGCGUCAUGACAACGAGCACCGGCCGCCAACGAAGCGCAAGUGACCCCUGCGUGUGCGUGUGUGUGUGUGUGUGUGUGUGUGUGUGUGUGUGUGUGUGUGUGUGUGUGUGUGUGUGUGUGUGUGUGUGUGUGUGUGUGUGUGUGUGUGUGUGUGUGUGUGUGUGUGUGUGUGUGUGUGUGUGUGUGUGAAAACCAGGAGCUCGUCCAGUUAGAAACUGAAUGUUCAAUGUGCCACAACAGUUGUCAAAAUAUCAGCGUGAAAGAUAUUCUGGAUUUGGGUUGUUUCAGGAAGAGGAAGUGAUCAGGUGAUCUGAUGAUCAGGUGAUCUAGUGAUCUGGUGAUCUAUUUUUAGAAGAAACAUCAGUUUUCUUUCCUGUUUUUAUUAAAUCUGUGACAUGGGUGUAAUACCAAUCGUGGCCACCAGAGGCUGAGACAAUGGAUCGCCUGAUCAUUGUUGUUUGUGGGAGUCUCAUAACAUCAUCACAUGAAACUAUUAUACCACUUCAAAUCUUCAAAACACGUAUGUUCCCGGUUGUAAACGUGUGUGUUCAUCUUCACAAUGAGAACAAGGUGUUGUUUGUGUAAAUGUUGUUUAUUUACCAACAAUGUUGACAGUUUUUAAUUAGUUUGAACUUUAUAUUUAUUAUUAUUCAUAAAGUAACAGUCUGAAGGGUAUAAAGAUCCCUGUUCUGGGUUCAUAUUCACUCGAUGACCUUUGACCUCGACGGGCAGCUAAACAGGCGUCGUGUCGUCGUGGUAACGGUGACCACGGUCUGAACGCCCUGUUACGCAACACCUGUUCUUAAAACCCUGGAGGAAAGUCUCCCUCAGUUCUACCUCACGGCAAAAUCAUAAUCAUGUUCAUCCCUCACUGGAUUCAUGUGACGAUAGUUUUAUUUUAAUUUUGUUUUUACUUUUCUUCUUCUUUCUUUUCUUUAUCAAAUCGCUUAUUUAAAAUCAGAAAUACGUUGAGUUGUUGUUUGUUUUUGUUUAUUCCGUUUCCUGCUGGCCGAGGAGCUCCAUGUUUCUUUUUGCUUCCUUGCUGUUAAGUUUUUCAGUUUUUUGUGUGUAUUUUUCUUAUUUAUUGCAAAUUAAAUAAAUUAUGUAAAGUAU